AUGUCCUACGACCGCUACGUUGCCAUCUGCAAACCCCUGCACUACGGGACCCUCCUGGGCAGCAGAGCUUGUGUCCACAUGGCAGCAGCUGCCUGGGGCGCUGGGUUUCUCACUGCUCUGCUGCACACGGCCAAUACAUUUUCCCUGCCCCUCUGCCAGGGCAAUGCUGUGGAACAGUUCUUCUGUGAAAUCCCUCAGAUCCUCAAGCUCUCCUGCUCACACUCUGACCUCAGGGAGGUUGGGCUUCUUGAUGUUAGUGCCUGUUUAUUGUUUGGCUGUUUUGUUUUCAUUGUGGUGUCCUAUGUGCAGAUCUUCAGGGCAGUGCUGAGGAUCCCCUCAGAGCAGGGACGGCACAAAGCCUUUUCCACGUGCCUCCCUCACCUGGCCGUGGUCUCCCUCUUUGUCAGCACUGGAACAUUUGCCUACCUGAAGCCCCCCUCUAACUCCUCCACAUCCUUGGACCUUGUGGUGUCAGUUCUGUACUCAGUGGUGCCUCCAGCACUGAAUCCCCUCAUCUACAGCUUGAGGAACCAGCAGCUCAAGGAUGCAGUGUGGAAACUGAUAACUGGAUGGUUCUCUGAAGCAAUGAACUGCUCAUUAUCUUCUGUAUAG